AUGGCAAUGCAAGCGCCGCUUGCCAACGACAAGAAAAGAGUCAAAGUAUACGAGCUGCGCGACAAUGACUGGUUUGAUAGAGGUACCGGCUUUUGUACCGGUCAGGUCAUCAAUGAUGAACCGCGCAUCUAUGUCGAGUCGGAAGAUCAGCCAGAUCGCAUGUUGCUAGAAACGCGGAUUGUGAAAGAGGAUGGAUAUCAAAAACAACAAGACACAUUGAUCGUGUGGACCGAGACCAAUGGCACCGAUAUGGCACUCAGUUUUCAGGAGGCGGAAGGUUGUGCAGUUAUUUGGGAUUUUGUCCACCAAGUCCAGCAACAGUUGUCGUUACCGGAUGACGGACUUUCGGACGAUGCACUUGAGAACAUGUCCACCUCCUUCACCCUCAAUCCGCCCGAACUGGGAAACCUGGACGAAAUCGAGCAGAAUAUCAGACAAGCAAGCAUAACCCAAGGUGGUCGUGAAGCUCUCGCCAAGUUCUUGAUCAGGGAAGAAUAUUUGCUCAAGUUGAUUCCGUUGGUGGAAAUGGCCGAAGAUCUUGAGAGUCUCCCGGAUUUGCAUCGACUCUGCAACAUCAUGAAAGCUCUGAUUCUCAUGAACGACAACACGAUCAUCGAGCACCUGGUCACCGACGAUAUCAUCAUCGGCGUUGUGGGAGCGCUUGAAUAUGAUCCAGAUUUCCCUACACACAAAGCCAACCAUCGACAGUAUCUAUCGGAUGAAUCGAGGUAUAAAGAGGUGGUUGAGAUCAAGGACCAAAACAUCAAGAGGAAAAUCCGACAAACUUGGCGUCUACAGUAUUUGAAGGAUGUCGUGCUGGCCCGGAUCCUGGACGAUCCCACCUUUGGAGUUUUGAAUUCUCUCAUCUUUUUUAAUCAAGUCGACAUUGUCCAACACCUCCAGAACAACACCCCAUUCCUGAAGGAACUCUUUGCAAUAUUCAGCCUCGACAAUACUGAUAUCAAACGAAAAGAGCAGGCGGUCCACUUCUUGCAACAAUGUGCCGCGAUCGCCAAAACCCUGCAAGUGCAGUCGAGGGCGAAUCUGCUCAACAAUUUCAUCGCCCACGGCCUCUUUGCGGUGAUCACCUUUGCGGUUAAGCACCCCGAGCCGUCCAUGAGAACAACAGGCAUCGACAUUCUGGUGGCUUUACUGGACCAUGAUCCCAACAUGAUGAAAAGCUACAUGCUGAAGGCGGUUCACGAGAAGAAGACCCCAUUGACAGAUACUCUGAUCGAUUUGUUGCAUGCCGAGACCGAUCUAGGCGUGAAAAACCAACUGGCGGAUGCGAUCAAGAUCUUACUGGAUCCUCAACCCCCUUCAAAUGACCCUAUGGGCAAUCGACAGAAUUCCGAAUUCAUGACCAAACUGUCAAGACCGCCGCAAAUGACUCCGACCCAAGCAGCGAACGAACAAUUCGCACAGGAUAAUUUCGACCGAUCGUGCAGAAAGUUGUUCCAACCUCUGAAGAAUCUGGAAACCCGGGAAUCGAUGCAAAAUUUUACCUAUCAAGAAGUCUCGUUGUUCUCGUAUCUCGUGGAGAUCUUGACCUUCUUUGUCCGACAACAUUCGAUGCGAAGUCGUCCGUUUGUUCUGUCCGAAAAUCUAGCACCUCGAGUGGCCCAAUUACUCCAAGUACCGCAAAAGCCGUUGAAAUUGACGGCGCUGAAAUUCUUCCGAACCGGGGUCUCUUUACAAGACCAGUUCUAUGCCGCUCAGGUGAUCAAAAGUGGAGCGUUUGACACGAUUUUGGGAAUCGUGGUCGACACGAUGCCUCGGGAUAAUCUCCUGAAUUCAGCGUGUUUGGAACUGUUUGAAUUUAUUCGGAAAGAGACGAUCAAACCAAUUGUGCUACACCUCGGAGAGCAUUACCGGCAAAAGCUCCAGGACAUUACCUAUGUCGACACUUUCGAUAAUCUCCUCAUGAGAUAUGAACAAUUGACGACCGACCAGCCGGAGCCAGAACAUACACUCUUCAGCCAGGACGAUGCCACACCACCCAUGAAUCGCACUCACAUGAACGGAAGAUGGCAAGGCUUGCCAGAGAUGGAUGCGAAUGAAGAAGAUUACUUCAACACGUCUGAUGAUGAAGAGGAUGAACAUGACGGGGAACCAGAGCGUGAGAAUACCAGGGAUGUGUCAGACAGAAUGCAAUGGCACCGGAGGAGGAUGAAGUCGGAAAUAACGAACGGCAGUGCUUCUCCUCUCAGCAAACCUUUGGUCGACUAUCCUGAUGACGAUGAAGAUGAAGCUAUGGAUAACAAAGACGCAGCCCCACCACAAACACCCCUCACUCCAGAUAGCGGGGGAGAGACAUCGUCUCCGGAAUCUCGAUCGACGGCCGAAAAGAAGUUACAACCAUCACCCGAGAUCAAGACAGUGACAGAACCAGAGCCACAACCACCUCCCGAAAGAGUGACAGAAAAACGACGGAGACAAGAAGAUGAUGACGAUGAUGAAUUAGGGAAAUUGUCUGGAGGUCCAAAACGAAGGAAUUCGACUUCAAGUACUUCCGGUCUUGCUUCGCAGAGUUCCCUGCGACGGAAAAAGGGUUUCUUACGAUCCAAACAAGCGACAGAAACUGCCCCCCUUUCGAGCAACAGGGAUACGGAAAAUCAUGUCGAGGGAAGGAAACCGCGAAAGAUUGCCAUCAGCUUGUCGAACGUUGCGAAUAAACCCGACGAUCCGUCGACGAAUCCCAAAGUGCAAGCCAAGCAAGCUAUAACGACUAAAGAACAAGGUUAG